GGGAAAAGUAAGAAAAGUCAUAGCACGAGACCAAUUAUAUCAAUAGAUAUUUACGCUGAUAAUGCAUCUUGAAGUCCAGUGUCUUGAUAAAACAAUGCUACGAGUCCACGUGUAUUUUGCUGAGAAUUCCGUUUAGAUCUACCUUGUGUAAUUUUAACUGAUGGUUACCCGAUGAAUGAUAUGAUGGACAUCAUAUAAGAACUUGGCAAGGAAAUUUAACCUAAGGAAAAGACGGAAAAGAAAAAGGAAAAAGAAGAAGAAAAAACCAGAUCGGUCCCUUGGACAACCUUUGACCCUGAAGAGGAUGAAACCUGUGAGCUAUGGCACAGUGCUGUUCAUUCUGGUGAAGUUCAUGAACUAUGUAUUAGUCGUUCCUGCAGGUGCAUCGUUGGAACCCAAAGGCCCACCGAGGCUGAUCAAUAUGCCCAUCACUGACCUUGACUACAAGGAGGGGGAGACAAUGAAGAUUAGCUGUGACAUGACUUCGAGGCCCCGCCCCAUACAGUAUUGGUACAAAAGUGGACGCCAAAUGUGGCCACAUCACAAUCCAAGGUAUAACAUCACACGUACAAUGCUGGUCAUAUCUCAGCUACACUUGAACGACUCCGGCGAGUACUCCUGUCGCGGCAUAAACCAGUACGGCAGCAAAGAAGUUAUAUUUACGCUGAAUGUUCGACCAAAGGACAAAGCACGAAAGGCAGAUCAGCAAAUGACCAUUGUCCCCUCCAACAUGUCCGCCACACUGGGACAGUCCGUCAGACUGGAAUGUAGCCUCAUACUUGACCAGGACACUCCAGAGCAUGUUUCGUGGGUCAAGCGUGACUCUCUCAAUCAAUCUGUCACCAACGACACCAUUAUACAGACGAGUGUGUCGAACACUGAUGAAUCACCUGUCCUGCACCUGUCAAACCUUACUAAAGAGAAUGAAGGCUUAUACACCUGUAUCAUAAUUAGCGUGGGAGUGGAACACUGUCACACCUGGCUGUGGGUUACAUCUGAGCCAGUGGAGACAUCUAUAAUAUAUCCAGGACUUCAAAAGAACACCAUGCUGGCUGUGUAUGUCGUCAUACCUGUAGUGACACUUGUCGGCAUUGUGGCUGCCGGAAUUCUUAUUUAUUGCAAAUGGAAAUCAACAAGACUAUCCCAUCAGGGCGUGACAUACUUUACCGUGGAGAAAUCAUCCGAUAGUACACAUGAUUUGGUGACGUAGUGCUCUGUCUGUUUGGCUUAAAUGAAAAGUUUUGAAAUUAAUGAUUGCCGUCAACUGUCCCACCUACAAAAUCUAACUUUUCUUAACCUGUUUUACCGGAAGUUUCUAUUUCAAAACCCUAUGUACAUGACCAAAAAAACCUUUCAAAUAUAAAAUAAUACAAAAUAUGUUAUAUAGUUAAGUAAAGUUAUAUAACAAGUAAAUGCCUUUAGUACUAUACAUGUACAAUUCAAAAGAGAAAACCUUAAAGAGCAGUUUUCUAAAUGAUUUUUAAAAGGUUCUAUAGCUUAGGCAAAAUAGAUGUGUUGUUGGCAGGUCAAGCCAAGUGAUUCACACUUUCAGUGAAGAUGAACACUUGCAUGCCUAAAACACACAUGCAUGGAUGUAUUUAGCCGUGUGCCAUAAGGCUAGAUGUUAGCUCCUAUUAAGACAAUUCUUGCAUAUUGUAAUUUGUAAAACAUCUUAGACUGGCUUAUUCUAGCCCGACAGGGUAAUACAUCAAUGUGUUUUAAUGAUAACAAUAAAACUGGUAAAUUAAUUUCCAUGAGGAUAUUUUUUGCUGCUAGGAAGGUCAAGAGCAAACUAUUAAUUUUGAAGUUUGAGUACCAAAACUAAAAAAUGACUCAUGUUUCUUAUAUUAUGUAAAGUUGUACAACAAUUAAUUAUAUGAUUCAAAAUUCUUCAAAUGAACAAACUCUUUCAAUACUGAAUUUAUAAGUACUUGUCAUCAGCUGUUAUUUUGGAAAUAACCAUGUACCAGAUAAACUUGUGAAUCUCAUAUCCUAGACUUGUGAAUCUCACAUUACAGACUUGUGAAUCUCACAUCACAGACUUGUGAAUCUCACAUCACAGACUUGUGAAUCUCACACCCCAGACUUGUGUAUCUCACAUCACAGACUUGUGUAUCUCACACCCCAGACUUGUGAAUCUCACACCCCAGACUUGUGUAUCUCAAGUCAUAAUGUAUUUGAAAAUCAUAUCAUACACACAUGUAUCUCCCUUCAUAAUGUGUGUAUCCAACAUCAUAUAUUACGUUUGUAUCUCAUGUCGUACACAUAUGUAUUUCACAACACACACUUGUGUAUUCAAACUGAACAUUCCAUUUCAUACUCUAAAUUACAUUGUUUUCUUCCUUCUUGAUCAAACUAUGGUUGCUUGGUUGCUUUCGUGUACCCAAGUAGAGGGCACCAAAAGUUUGAUUAAGAAGGAAGAGUACAAUGUAAAUAAAAAGAUCCUAGAUUUUGCAUUGGGUGCAGCAGAUUUAUCUUGGUUGCUUUCGUGUCCCCAAGUAGAGGGCACCAAAAAAAAUAAAAAAAAUUACAGGGGGUUCCCACAUUAGCGCCCCCUUACAACAUACAGUGGGUUACGGAAGGUUUAUUUCAGUAGUUUACAGACUAUUUUUCCUAAUACACCUUGUUUUUGGCCUUGGUGACGAGCCUUAACAAGCAAGGAGCUCAGCCAAGCAAGGUUAUAGGUUCUGUCCCCAGACCGAGACAAACUGAAUUUGUCACUAUUUACUGCCCUUUGCCUGAUGUUCAGCUUCAAACUCUUGGUGGUAAGGACUGGCCCAUUGUCAGUAUAUUGUGAUUCGGCUGAGUGUCAUGUUACCAAGUCCCGGUUACAACAUUUCAGUGAUCUGACACUUAGAAAUUACCCUUGAGUGACCCAAUAUCUGUGGACACCAUCUUCAUAUGGGUAACCUACAAACAAGGAUUUAAAAGACCAUGAAACAUAUUGCCCUGUGUGUUAGUACUCCAAACAUUACAUUACAUCUUUAGGUUGCAAAAUAUUACCAAUUGUUAAAGAGAAAAUCUAGAUUAGAACAAUUUCAGCCUCCUUUAAUGGAUGAAAAUACAGAUUAGAGCACAUUAAAUGUGAAUUUUUAAAAAACAUGUGAAUGAAACAAUAAUAUCUUAAUCACUCAUUAAGCAAACAUAAAUGUUUAAAUUACUCAUAAAUAAAAUACAUGAAUAUUUAUAUAUUCACUAGUAAAUGAAGCAUGAAUAUUUAAAUCACACAUAAAUAUUUAAAUCACUCAUAAUUAUCCCUGUUUCAGUAAUAUGUCUAAAAAAGUCCCAGGUAUAUUUACUUGAAUCAAAGUGUAUGGAAUAAACACUCAAAUUAUCACAAUCAAAUUACCACAAUCAAAUAUGAUUGGACGAAUUUAAUUUUCUGUAUAUUGUUUUGCAUUGCAUAUAUUUAAGAAAUAAUGUUUUAGCAAAUGUUGUUAUGGUCCUAUAACACACAUUGCUAUUGAUGACAGCUUAAUAAAGCCUGAGAGCUUUAUGUAAGUUUGUCAGCAAUAGAAAUGUGCGUUAUAGGACCAUAACAAUAUUUGCU